AUGCCUGAUCUUUCCACUGCCCAAAUAGACGAAUCAACAAUAUCUGCUACAGCAACAGCUGAUAUAAUUGAGACAACUGGGGCAGAAAGUACUACUUUAGAAAUGACAAAUACAGAGGAUACAACCCUAUCUGAAAUUCAAACAACACAAGAAGAACAGACAACUUUGCAAACUACCAACAUUGAAGGAUCCACAUAUUCCACAGCAGACACUACAGUGGUAGGGGUCACAUCACAGAUCCCUGAUUCUCCUAAAACCACAAGAGAUUCAUCAUCAACUGCAAUAGAAACAACGCAUGAUCUUUCCACGGCCCAAACAGACGAAUCAACAAUAUCUGCUACAGCAACAGCUGAUAUUACUGAGACAACAGGAACCACAAGAGAAUCAUCAUCAACUGCAAUAGAAACAACACCAGAAUGGUCUACGCCGCAAACAGAUGAAAUAACAAUAUCUGCUACAAUAGCAUCUCAUGAAACUGAGACAACAGGGGCAGAAAGUACUACUUUAGAAAUGACAAAUACAGAGGAUACAACUAUAUCUGACAUUCAAACAACACACGAAGAACAGACAACUUUGCAAACUACCAACAUUGAAGGAUCCACAUAUCCCACAGCAGAGACUACAGUGGUAGAAGUCACAUCACAGAGCCCUGAUUCUUCUAGAACCACAAGAGAAUCAUCAUCAACUGCAAUAGAAACAACACCAGAACGGUCUACGCCGCAAACAGAUGAAAUAACAAUAUCUGCUACAGCAACAGCUGAUAUCAUUGAGACAACUGGGGCAGAAACAGACACUACAGGUGUAGAGGUCACAUCACAGAACCCUGAUCCUCCUAAAACCACAAGAGAUUCAUCAUCAACUGCAAUAGAAACAAUGCCUGAUCUUUCCACUGCCCAAAUAGACGAAUCAACAAUAUCUGCUACAGCAACAGCUGAUAUCAUUGAGACAACUGGGGCAGAAAGUACUACUUUAGAAAUGACAAAUACAGAGGAUACAACCCUAUCUGAAAUUCAAACAACACAAGAAGAACAGACAACUUUGCAAACUACCAACAUUGAAGGAUCCACAUAUUCCACAGCAGACACUACAGUGGUAGGGGUCACAUCACAGAUCCCUGAUUCUCCUAAAACCACAAGAGAUUCAUCAUCAACUGCAAUAGAAACAACGCAUGAUCUUUCCACGGCCCAAACAGACGAAUCAACAAUAUCUGCUACAGCAACAGCUGAUAUUAUUGAGACAACUGGGGCAGAAACAGACACUGCAGGUGUAGAGGUCACAUCACAGAGCCCUGAUUCUUCUAGAACCACAAAAGAUUCAUUAUCAACUGCAAUAGAAUUAACACCUGAACUUUCCACGGCCCAAACAGAUAAAACAACAAUAUCUGCUACAGCAACAUCUGAUAUUUCUGAGACAACUGGGGCAGAAAGUACUACUUUAGAAAUGACAAAUACAGAGGAUACAACCCUAUCUGAAAUUCAAACAACACAAGAAGAACAGACAACUUUGCAAACUACCAACAUUGAAGGAUCCACAUAUUCCACAGCAGACACUACAGUGGUAGGGGUCACAUCACAGAUCCCUGAUUCUCCUAAAACCACAAGAGAUUCAUCAUCAACUGCAAUAGAAACAACGCAUGAUCUUUCCACGGCCCAAACAGACGAAUCAACAAUAUCUGCUACAGCAACAGCUGAUAUUAUUGAGACAACUGGGGCAGAAACAGACACUGCAGGUGUAGAGGUCACAUCACAGAGCCCUGAUUCUUCUAGAACCACAAAAGAUUCAUUAUCAACUGCAAUAGAAUUAACACCUGAACUUUCCACGGCCCAAACAGAUAAAACAACAAUAUCUGCUACAGCAACAUCUGAUAUUUCUGAGACAACUGGGGCAGAAAGUACUACUUUAGAAAUGACAAAUACAGAGGAUACAACCCUAUCUGAAAUUCAAACAACACAAGAAGAACAGACAACUUUGCAAACUACCAACAUUGAAGGAUCCACAUAUUCCACAGCAGACACUACAGUGGUAGGGGUCACAUCACAGAUCCCUGAUUCUCCUAAAACCACAAGAGAUUCAUCAUCAACUGCAAUAGAAACAACGCAUGAUCUUUCCACGGCCCAAACAGACGAAUCAACAAUAUCUGCUACAGCAACAGCUGAUAUUAUUGAGACAACUGGGGCAGAAACAUCUCAUGAAACUGAGACAACAGGGGCAGAAAGUACUACUUUAGAAAUGACAAAUACAGAGGAUACAACUAUAUCUGACAUUCAAACAACACAAGAAGAACAGACAACUUUGCAAACUACCAACAUUGAAGGAUCCACAUAUCCCACAGCAGAGACUACAGUGGUAGAAGUCACAUCACAGAGCCCUGAUUCUUCUAGAACCACAAGAGAAUCAUCAUCAACUCUAAUAGAAACAACACCAGAACGGUCUACGCCGCAAACAGAUGAAAUAACAAUAUCUGCUACAGCAACAGCUGAUAUCAUUGAGACAACUGGGGCAGAAACAGAGACUACAGGUGUAGAGGUCACAUCCCAUAGCCCUGAUUCUCCUAAAACCACAAGAGAUUCAUCAUCAACUGCAAUAGAAACAACGCAUGAUCUUUUCACGGCCCAAACAGACGAAUCAACAAUAUCUGCUACAGCAACAGCUGAUAUUAUUGAGACAACUGGGGCAGAAAGUUCUACUUUAGAAAUGACAAAUACAGAGGAUACAACCAUAUCUGAAAUUCAAACAACACAAGAAGAACAGACAACUUUGCAAACUGCCAACAUUGAAGGACCCACAUAUCCCACAGCAGACACUGCAGGUGUAGAGGUCACAUCACAGAGCCCUGAUUCUUCUAGAACCACAAAAGAUUCAUUAUCAACUGCAAUAGAAUUAACACCUGAACUUUCCACGGCCCAAAGAGAUAAAACAACAAUAUCUGCUACAGCAACAUCUGAUAUUACUGAAACAACAGGGGCAGAAACAUCUCAUGAAACUGAGACAACAGGGGCAGAAAGUACUACUUUAGAAAUGACAAAUACAGAGGAUACAACUAUAUCUGACAUUCAAACAACACACGAAGAACAGACAACUUUGCAAACUACCAACAUUGAAGGAUCCACAUAUCCCACAGCAGAGACUACAGUGGUAGAAGUCACAUCACAGAGCCCUGAUUCUUCUAGAACCACAAGAGAAUCAUCAUCAACUGCAAUAGAAACAACACCAGAACGGUCUACGCCGCAAACAGAUGAAAUAACAAUAUCUGCUACAGCAACAGCUGAUAUCAUUGAGACAACUGGGGCAGAAACAGACACUACAGGUGUAGAGGUCACAUCACAGAACCCUGAUCCUCCUAAAACCACAAGAGAUUCAUCAUCAACUGCAAUAGAAACAAUGCCUGAUCUUUCCACUGCCCAAAUAGACGAAUCAACAAUAUCUGCUACAGCAACAGCUGAUAUCAUUGAGACAACUGGGGCAGAAAGUACUACUUUAGAAAUGACAAAUACAGAGGAUACAACCCUAUCUGAAAUUCAAACAACACAAGAAGAACAGACAACUUUGCAAACUACCAACAUUGAAGGAUCCACAUAUUCCACAGCAGACACUACAGUGGUAGGGGUCACAUCACAGAUCCCUGAUUCUCCUAAAACCACAAGAGAUUCAUCAUCAACUGCAAUAGAAACAACGCAUGAUCUUUCCACGGCCCAAACAGACGAAUCAACAAUAUCUGCUACAGCAACAGCUGAUAUUAUUGAGACAACUGGGGCAGAAACAGACACUGCAGGUGUAGAGGUCACAUCACAGAGCCCUGAUUCUUCUAGAACCACAAAAGAUUCAUUAUCAACUGCAAUAGAAUUAACACCUGAACUUUCCACGGCCCAAACAGAUAAAACAACAAUAUCUGCUACAGCAACAUCUGAUAUUUCUGAGACAACUGGGGCAGAAAGUACUACUUUAGAAAUGACAAAUACAGAGGAUACAACCCUAUCUGAAAUUCAAACAACACAAGAAGAACAGACAACUUUGCAAACUACCAACAUUGAAGGAUCCACAUAUUCCACAGCAGACACUACAGUGGUAGGGGUCACAUCACAGAUCCCUGAUUCUCCUAAAACCACAAGAGAUUCAUCAUCAACUGCAAUAGAAACAACGCAUGAUCUUUCCACGGCCCAAACAGACGAAUCAACAAUAUCUGCUACAGCAACAGCUGAUAUUAUUGAGACAACUGGGGCAGAAACAGACACUGCAGGUGUAGAGGUCACAUCACAGAGCCCUGAUUCUUCUAGAACCACAAAAGAUUCAUUAUCAACUGCAAUAGAAUUAACACCUGAACUUUCCACGGCCCAAACAGAUAAAACAACAAUAUCUGCUACAGCAACAUCUGAUAUUUCUGAGACAACUGGGGCAGAAAGUACUACUUUAGAAAUGACAAAUACAGAGGAUACAACCCUAUCUGAAAUUCAAACAACACAAGAAGAACAGACAACUUUGCAAACUACCAACAUUGAAGGAUCCACAUAUUCCACAGCAGACACUACAGUGGUAGGGGUCACAUCACAGAUCCCUGAUUCUCCUAAAACCACAAGAGAUUCAUCAUCAACUGCAAUAGAAACAACGCAUGAUCUUUCCACGGCCCAAACAGACGAAUCAACAAUAUCUGCUACAGCAACAGCUGAUAUUAUUGAGACAACUGGGGCAGAAACAUCUCAUGAAACUGAGACAACAGGGGCAGAAAGUACUACUUUAGAAAUGACAAAUACAGAGGAUACAACUAUAUCUGACAUUCAAACAACACAAGAAGAACAGACAACUUUGCAAACUACCAACAUUGAAGGAUCCACAUAUCCCACAGCAGAGACUACAGUGGUAGAAGUCACAUCACAGAGCCCUGAUUCUUCUAGAACCACAAGAGAAUCAUCAUCAACUCUAAUAGAAACAACACCAGAACGGUCUACGCCGCAAACAGAUGAAAUAACAAUAUCUGCUACAGCAACAGCUGAUAUCAUUGAGACAACUGGGGCAGAAACAGAGACUACAGGUGUAGAGGUCACAUCCCAUAGCCCUGAUUCUCCUAAAACCACAAGAGAUUCAUCAUCAACUGCAAUAGAAACAACGCAUGAUCUUUUCACGGCCCAAACAGACGAAUCAACAAUAUCUGCUACAGCAACAGCUGAUAUUAUUGAGACAACUGGGGCAGAAAGUUCUACUUUAGAAAUGACAAAUACAGAGGAUACAACCAUAUCUGAAAUUCAAACAACACAAGAAGAACAGACAACUUUGCAAACUGCCAACAUUGAAGGACCCACAUAUCCCACAGCAGACACUGCAGGUGUAGAGGUCACAUCACAGAGCCCUGAUUCUUCUAGAACCACAAAAGAUUCAUUAUCAACUGCAAUAGAAUUAACACCUGAACUUUCCACGGCCCAAAGAGAUAAAACAACAAUAUCUGCUACAGCAACAUCUGAUAUUACUGAAACAACAGGGGCAGAAACAUCUCAUGAAACUGAGACAACAGGGGCAGAAAGUACUACUUUAGAAAUGACAAAUACAGAGGAUACAACCAUAUCUGAAAUUCAAACAACACUAGAAGAACAGACAACUUUGCAAACAACAAACAUUGAAGUAUCCACAUAUCCCACAACAGACACUACAGGAGUAGAGGUCACAUCACAGAGCCCUGAUUCUUCUAAAACCACAAGAGAUUCAUCAUCAACUGCAAUAGAAACAACACAUGAUCUUUCCACGGCCCAAACAGACGAAUCAACAAUAUCUGCUACAGCAACAGCUGAUGUUACUGAGACAACAGAGGCAGAAACAGACACUGCAGGUGUAGAGGUCACAUCACAGAGCCCUGAUUCUUCUAGAACCACAAAAGAUUCAUUAUCAACUGCAAUAGAAUUAACACCUGAACUUUCCACGGCCCAAACAGAUAAAACAACAAUAUCUGCUACAGCAACAUCUGAUAUUUCUGAGACAACUGGGGCAGAAAGUACUACUUUAGAAAUGACAAAUACAGAGGAUACAACCCUAUCUGAAAUUCAAACAACACAAGAAGAACAGACAACUUUGCAAACUACCAACAUUGAAGGAUCCACAUAUUCCACAGCAGACACUACAGUGGUAGGGGUCACAUCACAGAUCCCUGAUUCUCCUAAAACCACAAGAGAUUCAUCAUCAACUGCAAUAGAAACAACGCAUGAUCUUUCCACGGCCCAAACAGACGAAUCAACAAUAUCUGCUACAGCAACAGCUGAUAUUAUUGAGACAACUGGGGCAGAAACAGACACUGCAGGUGUAGAGGUCACAUCACAUAGCCCUGAUUCUUCUAGAACCACAAAAGAUUCAUUAUCAACUGCAAUAGAAUUAACACCUGAACUUUCCACGGCCCAAACAGAUAAAACAACAAUAUCUGCUACAGCAACAUCUGAUAUUUCUGAGACAACUGGGGCAGAAAGUACUACUUUAGAAAUGACAAAUACAGAGGAUACAACCCUAUCUGAAAUUCAAACAACACAAGAAGAACAGACAACUUUGCAAACUACCAACAUUGAAGGAUCCACAUAUUCCACAGCAGACACUACAGUGGUAGGGGUCACAUCACAGAUCCCUGAUUCUCCUAAAACCACAAGAGAUUCAUCAUCAACUGCAAUAGAAACAACGCAUGAUCUUUCCACGGCCCAAACAGACGAAUCAACAAUAUCUGCUACAGCAACAGCUGAUAUUAUUGAGACAACUGGGGCAGAAACAUCUCAUGAAACUGAGACAACAGGGGCAGAAAGUACUACUUUAGAAAUGACAAAUACAGAGGAUACAACUAUAUCUGACAUUCAAACAACACAAGAAGAACAGACAACUUUGCAAACUACCAACAUUGAAGGAUCCACAUAUCCCACAGCAGAGACUACAGUGGUAGAAGUCACAUCACAGAGCCCUGAUUCUUCUAGAACCACAAGAGAAUCAUCAUCAACUCUAAUAGAAACAACACCAGAACGGUCUACGCCGCAAACAGAUGAAAUAACAAUAUCUGCUACAGCAACAGCUGAUAUCAUUGAGACAACUGGGGCAGAAACAGAGACUACAGGUGUAGAGGUCACAUCCCAUAGCCCUGAUUCUCCUAAAACCACAAGAGAUUCAUCAUCAACUGCAAUAGAAACAACGCAUGAUCUUUUCACGGCCCAAACAGACGAAUCAACAAUAUCUGCUACAGCAACAGCUGAUAUUAUUGAGACAACUGGGGCAGAAAGUUCUACUUUAGAAAUGACAAAUACAGAGGAUACAACCAUAUCUGAAAUUCAAACAACACAAGAAGAACAGACAACUUUGCAAACUGCCAACAUUGAAGGACCCACAUAUCCCACAGCAGACACUGCAGGUGUAGAGGUCACAUCACAGAGCCCUGAUUCUUCUAGAACCACAAAAGAUUCAUUAUCAACUGCAAUAGAAUUAACACCUGAACUUUCCACGGCCCAAAGAGAUAAAACAACAAUAUCUGCUACAGCAACAUCUGAUAUUACUGAAACAACAGGGGCAGAAACAUCUCAUGAAACUGAGACAACAGGGGCAGAAAGUACUACUUUAGAAAUGACAAAUACAGAGGAUACAACCAUAUCUGAAAUUCAAACAACACUAGAAGAACAGACAACUUUGCAAACAACAAACAUUGAAGUAUCCACAUAUCCCACAACAGACACUACAGGAGUAGAGGUCACAUCACAGAGCCCUGAUUCUUCUAAAACCACAAGAGAUUCAUCAUCAACUGCAAUAGAAACAACACAUGAUCUUUCCACGGCCCAAACAGACGAAUCAACAAUAUCUGCUACAGCAACAGCUGAUGUUACUGAGACAACAGAGGCAGAAACAGAGACUACAGGUGUAGAGGUCACAUCCCAGGACCCUGAUUCUUCUAGAACCACAAGAGAAUCAUCAUCAACUCUAAUAGAAACAACACCAGAACGGUCUACGCCGCAAACAGAUGAAAUAACAAUAUCUGCUACAGCAACAGCUGAUAUCAUUGAGACAACUGGGGCAGAAACAGAGACUACAGGUGUAGAGGUCACAUCCCAUAGCCCUGAUUCUCCUAAAACCACAAGAGAUUCAUCAUCAACUGCAAUAGAAACAACGCAUGAUCUUUUCACGGCCCAAACAGACGAAUCAACAAUAUCUGCUACAGCAACAGCUGAUAUUAUUGAGACAACUGGGGCAGAAAGUUCUACUUUAGAAAUGACAAAUACAGAGGAUACAACCAUAUCUGAAAUUCAAACAACACAAGAAGAACAGACAACUUUGCAAACUGCCAACAUUGAAGGACCCACAUAUCCCACAGCAGACACUGCAGGUGUAGAGGUCACAUCACAGAGCCCUGAUUCUUCUAGAACCACAAAAGAUUCAUUAUCAACUGCAAUAGAAUUAACACCUGAACUUUCCACGGCCCAAAGAGAUAAAACAACAAUAUCUGCUACAGCAACAUCUGAUAUUACUGAAACAACAGGGGCAGAAACAUCUCAUGAAACUGAGACAACAGGGGCAGAAAGUACUACUUUAGAAAUGACAAAUACAGAGGAUACAACCAUAUCUGAAAUUCAAACAACACUAGAAGAACAGACAACUUUGCAAACAACAAACAUUGAAGUAUCCACAUAUCCCACAACAGACACUACAGGAGUAGAGGUCACAUCACAGAGCCCUGAUUCUUCUAAAACCACAAGAGAUUCAUCAUCAACUGCAAUAGAAACAACACAUGAUCUUUCCACGGCCCAAACAGACGAAUCAACAAUAUCUGCUACAGCAACAGCUGAUGUUACUGAGACAACAGAGGCAGAAAACGAAUCAACAAUAUCUGCUACAGCAACAGCUGAUGUUACUGAGACAACAGAGGCAGAAAGUACUACUUUAGAAAUGACAAAUACAGAGGACACAACCAUAUCUGAAAUUCAAACAACACAAGAAGAACAGACAACUUUGCAAACUACCAACAUUAAAGGAUCCACAUAUCCCACAGCAGACACUACAGGUGUAGAGGUCACAUCCCAGAACCCUGAUUCUUCUAGAACCACAAGAGAAUCAUCAUCAACUGCAAUAGAAAAAACACCAGAAUGGUCUACGCCGCAAACAGAUGAAAUAACAAUAUCUGCUACAAUAGAAUCUGAUGUUACUGAGACAACAGAGGCAGAAACAUAUGAUGUUACUGAGACAAAAGAGGCAGAAAGUACUACUUUAGAAAUGACAAAUACAGAGGAUACAACCAUAUCUGAAAUUCAAACAACACAAGAAGAACAGACAACUUUGCAAACUACCAACAUUGAAGGAUCCACAUAUCCUACAGCAGACACUACAGGUGUAGAGGUCACAUCACAGAACCCUGAUCCUCCUAAAACCACAAGAGAUUCAUCAUCAACUGCAAUAGAAACAAUGCCUGAUCUUUCCACGGCCCAAACAGACGAAUCAACAAUAUCUGCUACAGCAACAGCUGAUAUCAUUGAGACAACUGGGGCAGAAAGUACUACUUUAGAAAUGACAAAUACAGAGGAUACAACCCUAUCUGAAAUUCAAACAACACAAGAAGAACAGACAACUUUGCAAACUACCAACAUUGAAGGAUCCACAUAUUCCACAGCAGACACUACAGUGGUAGGGGUCACAUCACAGAUCCCUGAUUCUCCUAAAACCACAAGAGAUUCAUCAUCAACUGCAAUAGAAACAACGCAUGAUCUUUCCACGGCCCAAACAGACGAAUCAACAAUAUCUGCUACAGCAACAGCUGAUAUUACUGAGACAACAGGGUCAGAAAGAUCCACAUAUCCCACAACAGACACUACACUGGUAGGAGUCACAUCACAGAUCCCUGAUUCUCCUAAAACCACAAGAGAUUCAUCAUCAACUGCAAUAGAAACAAUGCCUGAUCUUUCCACGGCCCAAAUAGACGAAUCAACAAUAUCUGCUACAGCAACAGCUGAUAUUAUUGAGACAACUGGGGCAGAAAGUACUACUUUAGAAAUGACAAAUACAGAGGAUACAACCAUAUCUGAAAUUCAAACAACACAAGAAGAACAGACAACUUUGCAAACUACCAACAUUGAAGGAUCCACAUAUCCCACAACAGACACUACAGGAGUAGAGGUCACAUCACAGAGCCCUGAUUCUUCUAGAACCACAAGAGAUUCAUUAUCAACUGCAAUAGAAUUAACACCUGAACUUUCCACGGCCCAAACAGAUAAAACAACAAUAUCUGCUACAGCAACAGCUGAUAUUACUGAGACAACAGGGGCAGAAACAGACACUACAGUGGUAGGGGUCACAUCACAGAUCCCUGAUUCUCCUAAAACCACAAGCGAUUCAUCAUCAACUGCAAUAGAAUUAACACCUGAAUUUUCCACGGCCCAAACAGAUGAAACAACAAUAUCUGCUACAGCAACAUCUGAUAUUACUGAGACAACAGGGGCAGAAAGUACUACUGUAAAAAUGACACAUACAGAGGAUACAACCAUAUCUGAAAUUCAAACAACACAAGAAGAAAAGAUCACUUUGCAAACAACCAAUAAUGAUGGAUCCACGUACACCACAGCAGAGACUACAGGUAUAGAAGUCACAUCCCAGAACCCUGAUUCUCCUAGAACCACAAGAGAUUCAUCUUCAACUGCAAUAGAAACAACACCUAAACUUUCCACGAGCCAAACAGAUGAAAUAAUAUCUGCUAUAGCAACAUCUGAUAUAACUAAGACAACAGAGGCAGAAAGUACUACUUUAGAAAUGACAAAUACAGAGGAUACAACCAUAUCUGAAAUUCAAACAACACAAGAAGAAAAGACCACUUUGAAAACAACCAACAUUGGAGGAUCCACAUAUCCCACAGCAAUGACUACAGGUGUAGAGGUCACAACACAGAACCCUGAUUCUCCUAGAACCACAAGAGAGUCAUCAUCAACUGCAAUAGAAACAACACCUGAACUUUCCACGGCCCAAACAGAUAAAAUAAUAUCUGCUACAGCAACAUCUUAUAUUACUGAGACAACAAAGGCAGAAAGUACUACUUUAAAAAUUACAAAUACAGAGGAUACUACAAUAUCUGGAAUUAAAACAACACAAGAAGUAAAGACCACUUUGAAAACAACCAACAUUGAAGGAUCCACGUAUUCUACAGCAGAGACUACAGGUGUAGAGAUAACAUCCCAGAACCCUGAUUCCCCUAGAACCACAAGAGAUUCAUCAUCCAUUGCAAUGGAAACAACACCUGAACUUUCCACGGCCCAAACAGAUGAAAUAAUAUCUGCUACAGCAACAUCUGAUAUUACUGAGACAACAAAGGUAGAAAGUACUACUUUAAAAAUUACAAAUACACAGGAUACUACAAUUUCUGGGAAAAAAACAACACAAGAAGAAAAGACCACUUUGGAAACAACUAUCAUUGAAAGAUCCACAUAUUCCACAGCAGAGACUACAAGUGUAGAGGUCACAUCCCAGAACCCUGAUUCUCCUAGAACCACAAGAGAUUCAUCAUCAACUGCAACAGAAACAACACCUGAACUUUCCACAGCCCAAACAGAAAAAACAACAAUAUCUGCUACAGCAACAUCUGAUAUUACUGAGACAACAGGGUCAGAAAGUACUACUGUAAAAAUGACAAAUACAGGGGAUACAACCAUAUCUGAAAUUCAAACAACACAAGAAAAACAGACCACUUUGCAAACAACCAACAUUGAAGGAUCCACGUAUCCCACAGCAGAGACUACAGGUAUAGAGGUCACAUCCCAGAACCCUGAUUCUUCGAGAACCACAAGAGAAUCAUCAUUAACUGCAAUAAAAACCACACCAGAACAGUCUACACCCCAAACAGAUGAAAUAACAAUAUCUGCUACAAUAGCAUCUGAUGUUACUGAGACAACAGAGGCAGAAAGUACUACUUUAGAAAUGACAAAUACAGAGGAUACAACCAUAUCUGAAAUUCAAACAACACAAGAAGAAAAGAUCACUUUGCAAACAACCAAUAAUGAUGGAUCCACGUACACCACAGCAGAGACUACAGGUAAAGAGGUCACAUCUCAGAACCCUGAUUCUUUUAGAACCACAAGAGAUUCAUCUUCUACUGCAAUAGAAACAACACCUGAACUUUCCACGAGCCAAACAGAUGAAAUAACAAUAUCUGCUACAGCAAUAUCUGAUAUUACUGAGACAACAGGGGCAGAAAGUACUACUUUAAAAAUGACAAGUACAGAGGAUACAACCAUAUCUGAAAUUAAAACAACACAAGAAGAUAAGACCACUUUGGAAACAACCGUCAUUGAAAGAUCCACGUAUUCCACAGCAGAGACUACAGGUGUAGAGGUCACAUCCCAGAACCCUGAUUCUCCUAGAACCACAAAAGUUUUAUCAACUCCAGAAGAAACAACAUCUGAACUUUCCACGGCCCAAACAGAUAAAACAACAUCUGCUACAGCAACAUCUGAUAGUACUGAGACAACAGGGGCUGAAAGUACUACUUUAAAAAUGACAAGUACAGAGGAUACAACCAUAUCUGAAAUUCAAACAACACAAGGAGAAAAGACCACUUUGAAAGCAACCAACAUUGAAGGAUCCACGUAUUCUACAGCAGAGACUACAGGUGUAGAGGUCACAUCUCAGAACACUGAUUCUCCUAGAACCACAAGAGAUUCAUCAUCCACUGCAAUAGAAACAACACCUGAACUUUCCACGGCCCAAACAGAUAAAAUAAUAUCUGCUACAGCAACAUCUGAUAUUACUGAGACAACAAAGGCAGAAAGUACUACUUUAAAAAUUACAAAUAAACAGGAUACUACAAUAUCUGGAAUUAAAACAACACAAGAAGAUAAGACCACUUUGGAAACAACUAUCAUUGAAAGAUCCACGUAUUCCACAGCAGAGACUACAGGUGUAGAGGUCACAUCCCAGAACCCUGAUUCUCCUAGAACCACAAAAGUUUUAUCAACUCCAGAAGAAACAACAUCUGAACUUUCCACGGCCCAAACAGAUAAAACAACAUCUGCUACAGCAACAUCUGAUAGUACUGAGACAACAGGGGCUGAAAGUACUACUUUAAAAAAGACAAGUACAGAGGAUACAACCAUAUCUGAAAUUCAAACAACACAAGGAGAAAAGACCACUUUGAAAACAACCAACAUUGAAGGAUCCACGUAUUCUACAGCAGAGACUACAGGUGUAGAGAUAACAUCCCAGAACCCUGAUUCUCCUAGAACCACAAGAGAUUCAUCAUCCAUUGCAAUGGAAACAACACCUGAACUUUCCACGGCCCAAACAGAUAAAAUAAUAUCUGCUACAGCAACAUCUGAUAUUACUGAGACAACAAAGGUAGAAAGUACUACUUUAAAAAUUACAAAUACACAGGAUACUACAAUAUCUGGAAUUAAAACAACACAAGAAGAAAAGACCACUUUGGAAACAACUAUCAUUGAAAGAUCCACGUAUUCCACAGCAGAGACUACAAGUGUAGAGGUCACAUCCCAGAACCCUGAUUCUCCUAGAACCACAGGAGAUUCAUCAUCAACUGCAACAGAAUCAACACCUGAACUUUCCACAGCCCAAACAGAUAAAACAACAAUAUCUGCUACAACAACAUCUGAUAUUACUCAGACAACAGGGGCAGAAAGUACUACUUUAAAAAUGACAAGUACAGAGGAUACAACCAUAUCUGAAAUUCAAACAACACAAGAAGAAAAGACAACUUUGCAAACAACUAACAUUGGAGGAUCCACAUAUCCCACAGCAAUGACUACAGGUGUAGAGGUCACAACACAGAACCCUGAUUCUCCUAGAACCACAAAAGUUUUAUCAACUCCAGAAGAAACAACAUCUGAACUUUCCACGGCCCAAACAGAUAAAACAACAAUAUCUGCUACAACAACAUCUGAUAUUACUGAGACAACAGGAGCAGAAAGUACUACUUUAAAAAUGACAAGUACAGAGGAUACAACCAUAUCUGAAAUUCAAACACAAGAAGAAAAGACCACUUUGAAAACAACCAACAUUGAAGGAUCCACGUAUUCUACAGCAGAGACUACAGGUGUAGAGAUAACAUCCCAGAACCCUGAUUCUCCAAGAACCACAAGAGAUUCAUCAUCCAUUGCAAUAGAAACAACACCUGAACUUUCCACGGCCCAAACAGAUAAAAUAAUAUCUGCUACAGCAACAUCUGAUAUUACUGAGACAACAAAGGCAGAAAGUACUACUUUAAAAAUUACAAAUACACAGGAUCCUACAAUAUCUGGAACUAAAACAACACAAGAAGAAAAGACCACUUUGGAAACAACCAAUAAUGAUGAAUCAACGUAUACCACAGCAGACACUACAGGUGUAGGGGUCACAUCAAAGAACCCUGAUUCUUCUAGAACCACAAUAGAUUCAUUAUCAACUGCAAUAAAAUUAACACCUGAACUUCCCACGGCCCAAACAGAUGAAACAACAAUAUCUUCUACAAGAGCAUCUGAUGUUACGGAGACAACAGAGGCAGAAAGUACUACUUUAGAAAUGACAAAUACAGAGGAUACAACCAUAUCUGAAAUUCAAACAACACAAGAAAAACAGACCACUUUACAAACAACUAACAUUGAAGGAUCCACGUAUACCACAGCAGAGACUACAAGUAUAGAGGUCACAUCCCAGAACCCUGAUUCUUCUAGAACCACAAGAGAAUCAUCAUCAACUGCAAUAAAAACAACACCAGAACGGUCUACGCCCCAAACAGAUGAAAUAACAAUAUCUGCUACAAUAGCAUCUGAUGUUACUGAGACAAUAGAGGCAGAAAGUACUACUUUGGAAAUGACAAGUACAGAGGAUACAACCAUAUCUGAAAUUCAAACAACACAAGGGGAAAAGACCACUUUGAAAACAACCAACAUUGAAGGAUCCACGUAUUCCACAGCAGAGAUUACAGGUAUAGAGGUCACAUCCCAGAACCCUGAUUCUCCUAGAACCACAAGAGAUUCAUCAUCAACUGCAAUAGAAACAACACCUGAAAUUUCCUCGGCCCAAACAGAUAAAACAACAAUAUCUGCUACAGCAACAUCUGAUAUUACUGAGACAACAGGGGCAGAAAGUACUACUUUAAAAAUGGCAAGUACAGAGGAUACAACCAUAUCUGAAAUUCAAACAACACAAGGAGAAAAGACCACUUUGAAAACAACCAACAUUGGAGGAUCCAUGUAUUCUACAGCAGAGACUACAGGUGUAGAGAUAACAUCCCAGAACCAUGAUUCUCCAAGAACCACAAGAGAUUCAUCAUCCAUUGCAAUAGAAACAACACCUGAACUUUCCACGGCCCAAACAGAUAAAACAACAAUAUCUGCUACAGCAACAUCUGAUAUUACUGAGACAACAGGGGCAGAAAGUACUACUUUAAAAAUGGCAAGUACAGAGGAUACAACCAUAUCUGAAAUUCAAACAACACAAGGAGAAAAGACCACUUUGAAAACAACCAACAUUGAAGGAUCCACGUAUUCCACAGCAGAUACUACAAGUGUAGAGGUCACAUCCCAGAACCCUGAUUCUCCUAGAACCACAAGAGAUUCAUCAUCAACUGCAAUAGAAACAACACCUGAAAUUUCUACGGCCCAAACAGAUAAAACAACAAUAUCUGCUACAGCAACAUCUGAAAUUACUGAGACAACAGGGGCCGAAAGUACUACUUUAAAAAUGACAAGUACAGAGGAUACAACCAUAUCUGAAAUUCAAACAACACAAGGAGAAAAGACCACUUUGAAAACAACCAACAUUGGAGGAUCCACGUAUUCUACAGCAGAGACUACAGGUGUAGAGAUAACAUCCCAGAACCCUGAUUCUCCAAGAACCACAAGAGAUUCAUCAUCCAUUGCAAUAGAAACAACACCUGAACUUUCCACGGCCCAAACAGAUAAAAUAAUAUCUGCUACAGCAACAUCUGAUAUUACUGAGACAACAAAGGUAGAAAGUACUACUUUAAAAAUUACAAAUACACAGGAUACUACAAUAUCUGGAAUUAAAACAACACAAGAAGAAAAGACCACUUUGGAAACAACUAUCAUUGAAAGAUCCACGUAUUCCACAGCAGAGAUUACAGGUGUAGAGGUCACAUCCCAGAACCCUGAUUCUCCGAGAACCACAAAAGUUUUAUCAACUCCAGAAGAAACAACAUCUGAACUUUCCACGGCCCAGACAGAUAAAACAACAAUAUCUGCUACAGCAACAUCUGAUAUUACUGAGACAACAGGGGCAGAAAGUACUACUUUAAAAAUGGCAAGUACAGAGGAUACAACCAUAUCUGAAAUUCAAACAACACAAGGAGAAAAGACCACUUUGAAAACAACCAACAUUGAAGGAUCCACAUAUACCACAGCAGAGACUACAAGUGCAGAGGUCACAUCCCAGAACCCUGAUUCUCCUAGAACCACAAGAGAUUCAUCAUCAACUGCAAUAGAAACAACACCUGAAAUUUCCUCGGCCCAAACAGAUAAAACAACAAUAUCUGCUACAGCAACAUCUGAUAUUACUGAGACAACAGGGGCAGAAAGUACUACUUUAAAAAUGGCAAGUACAGAGGAUACAACCAUAUCUGAAAUUCAAACAACACAAGGAGAAAAGACCACUUUGAAAACAACCAACAUUGGAGGAUCCACGUAUUCUACAGCAGAGACUACAGGUGUAGAGAUAACAUCCCAGAACCCUGAUUCUCCAAGAACCACAAGAGAUUCAUCAUCCAUUGCAAUAGAAACAACACCUGAACUUUCCACGGCCCAAACAGAUAAAAUAAUAUCUGCUACAGCAACAUCUGAUAUUACUGAGACAACAAAGGCUCAAACAGAAAAAAUAACAAUAUCUGCUACAGCAACAUCUGAUAUUACUGAGACAACAGGGGCAGAAAGUACUACUUUAAAAAUGACAAGUACAGAGGAUACAACCAUAUCUGAAAUUCAAACAACACAAGGAGAAAAGACCACUUUGAAAACAACCAACAUUGAAGGAUCCACGUAUUCUACAGCAGAGACUACAGGUGUAGAGAUAACAUCCCAGAAUCCUGAUUCUCCUAGAACCACAAGAGAUUCAUCAUCCAUUGCAAUAGAAACAACACCUGAACUUUCCACGGCCCAAACAGAUAAAACAACAAUAUCUGCUACAGCAACAUCUGAUAUUACUGAGACAACAGGGGCAGAAAGUACUACUUUAAAAAUGGCAAGUACAGAGGAUACAACCAUAUCUGAAAUUCAAACAACACAAGGAGAAAAGACCACUUUGAAAACAACCAACAUUGAAGGAUCCACAUAUUCCACAGCAGAGACUACAAGUGUAGAGGUCACAUCCCAGAACCCUGAUUCUCCUAGAACCACAAGAGAUUCAUCAUCAAAUGCAAUAGAAACAACACCUGAAAUUUCCUCGGCCCAAACAGAUAAAACAACAAUAUCUGCUACAGCAACAUCUGAUAUUACUGAGACAACAGGGGCAGAAAGUACUACUUUAAAAAUGGCAAGUACAGAGGAUACAACCAUAUCUGAAAUUCAAACAACACAAGGAGAAAAGACCACUUUGAAAACAACCAACAUUGGAGGAUCCACGUAUUCUACAGCAGAGACUACAGGUGUAGAGAUAACAUCCCAGAACCCUGAUUCUCCAAGAACCACAAGAGAUUCAUCAUCCAUUGCAAUAGAAACAACACCUGAACUUUCCACGGCCCAAACAGAUAAAACAACAAUAUCUGCUACAGCAACAUCUGAAAUUACUGAGACAACAGGGGCCGAAAGUACUACUUUAAAAAUGACAAGUACAGAGGAUACAACCAUAUCUGAAAUUCAAACAACACAAGGAGAAAAGACCACUUUGAAAACAACCAACAUUGAAGGAUCCACGUAUUCUACAGCAGAGACCACUGGUGUAGAGAUAACAUCCCAGAACCCUGAUUCUUCUAGAACCACAAGAGAUUCAUCAACUACAUUAGAAACAACACCUGAACUUUCCACGGUCCAAACAGAUAAAAUAUCUGCUACAGCAACAUCUGAUAUUACUGAGACAACAAAGGUAGAAAGUACUACUUUAAAAAUUACAAAUACACAGGAUACUACAAUAUCUGGAAUUAAAACAACACAAGAAGAAAAGACCACUUUGGAAACAACUAUCAUUGAAAGAUCCACGUAUUCCACAGCAGAGAUUACAGGUGUAGAGGUCACAUCCCAGAACCCUGAUUCUCCGAGAACCACAAAAGUUUUAUCAACUCCAGAAGAAACAACAUCUGAACUUUCCACGGCCCAGACAGAUAAAACAACAAUAUCUGCUACAGCAACAUCUGAUAUUACUGAGACAACAGGGGCAGAAAGUACUACUUUAAAAAUGGCAAGUACAGAGGAUACAACCAUAUCUGAAAUUCAAACAACACAAGGAGAAAAGACCACUUUGAAAACAACCAACAUUGAAGGAUCCACGUAUUCCACAGCAGAGACUACAAGUGUAGAGGUCACAUCCCAGAACCCUGAUUCUCCUAGAACCACAAGAGAUUCAUCAUCAACUGCAAUAGAAACAACACCUGAAAUUUCUACGGCCCAAACAGAUAAAACAACAAUAUCUGCUACAGCAACAUCUGAAAUUACUGAGACAACAGGGGCCGAAAGUACUACUUUAAAAAUGACAAGUACAGAGGAUACAACCAUAUCUGAAAUUCAAACACAAGAAGAAAAGACCACUUUGAAAACAACCAACAUUGAAGGAUCCACGUAUUCUACAGCAGAGACUACAGGUGUAGAGAUAACAUCCCAGAACCCUGAUUCUUCUAGAACCACAAGAGAUUCAUCAACUACAUUAGAAACAACACCUGAACUUUCCACGGUCCAAACAGAUAAAAUAUCUGCUACAGCAACAUCUGAUAUUACUGAGACAACAAAGGUAGAAAGUACUACUUUAAAAAUUACAAAUACACAGGAUACUACAAUAUCUGGAAUUAAAACAACACAAGAAGAAAAGACCACUUUGGAAACAACUAUCAUUGAAAGAUCCACGUAUUCCACAGCAGAGAUUACAGGUGUAGAGGUCACAUCCCAGAACCCUGAUUCUCCGAGAACCACAAAAGUUUUAUCAACUCCAGAAGAAACAACAUCUGAACUUUCCACGGCCCAGACAGAUAAAACAACAAUAUCUGCUACAGCAACAUCUGAUAUUACUGAGACAACAGGGGCAGAAAGUACUACUUUAAAAAUGGCAAGUACAGAGGAUACAACCAUAUCUGAAAUUCAAACAACACAAGGAGAAAAGACCACUUUGAAAACAACCAACAUUGAAGGAUCCACAUAUACCACAGCAGAGACUACAAGUGUAGAGGUCACAUCCCAGAACCCUGAUUCUCCUAGAACCACAAGAGAUUCAUCAUCAACUGCAAUAGAAACAACACCUGAAAUUUCCUCGGCCCAAACAGAUAAAACAACAAUAUCUGCUACAGCAACAUCUGAUAUUACUGAGACAACAGGGGCAGAAAGUACUACUUUAAAAAUGGCAAGUACAGAGGAUACAACCAUAUCUGAAAUUCAAACAACACAAGGAGAAAAGACCACUUUGAAAACAACCAACAUUGGAGGAUCCACGUAUUCUACAGCAGAGACUACAGGUGUAGAGAUAACAUCCCAGAACCCUGAUUCUCCAAGAACCACAAGAGAUUCAUCAUCCAUUGCAAUAGAAACAACACCUGAACUUUCCACGGCCCAAACAGAUAAAAUAAUAUCUGCUACAGCAACAUCUGAUAUUACUGAGACAACAAAGGCUCAAACAGAAAAAAUAACAAUAUCUGCUACAGCAACAUCUGAUAUUACUGAGACAACAGGGGCAGAAAGUACUACUUUAAAAAUGACAAGUACAGAGGAUACAACCAUAUCUGAAAUUCAAACAACACAAGGAGAAAAGACCACUUUGAAAACAACCAACAUUGAAGGAUCCAUGUAUUCUACAGCAGAGACUACAGGUGUAGAGAUAACAUCCCAGAAUCCUGAUUCUCCUAGAACCACAAGAGAUUCAUCAUCCAUUGCAAUAGAAACAACACCUGAACUUUCCACGGCCCAAACAGAUAAAACAACAAUAUCUGCUACAGCAACAUCUGAUAUUACUGAGACAACAGGGGCAGAAAGUACUACUUUAAAAAUGGCAAGUACAGAGGAUACAACCAUAUCUGAAAUUCAAACAACACAAGAAGAAAAGACCACUUUGAAAACAACCAACAUUGAAGGAUCCACGUAUUCUACAGCAGAGACUACAGGUGUAGAGAUAACAUCCCAGAACCCUGAUUCUCCAAGAACCACAAGAGAUUCAUCAUCCAUUGCAAUAGAAACAACACCUGAACUUUCCACGGCCCAAACAGAUAAAACAACAAUAUCUGCUACAGCAACAUCUGAAAUUACUGAGACAACAGGGGCCGAAAGUACUACUUUAAAAAUGACAAGUACAGAGGAUACAACCAUAUCUGAAAUUCAAACAACACAAGGAGAAAAGACCACUUUGAAAACAACCAACAUUGAAGGAUCCACGUAUUCUACAGCAGAGACCACUGGUGUAGAGAUAACAUCCCAGAACCCUGAUUCUUCUAGAACCACAAGAGAUUCAUCAACUACAUUAGAAACAACACCUGAACUUUCCACGGUCCAAACAGAUAAAAUAUCUGCUACAGCAACAUCUGAUAUUACUGAGACAACAAAGGUAGAAAGUACUACUUUAAAAAUUACAAAUACACAGGAUACUACAAUAUCUGGAAUUAAAACAACACAAGAAGAAAAGACCACUUUGGAAACAACUAUCAUUGAAAGAUCCACGUAUUCCACAGCAGAGAUUACAGGUGUAGAGGUCACAUCCCAGAACCCUGAUUCUCCGAGAACCACAAAAGUUUUAUCAACUCCAGAAGAAACAACAUCUGAACUUUCCACGACAACAGGGGCAGAAAGUACUACUUUAAAAAUGGCAAGUACAGAGGAUACAACCAUAUCUGAAAUUCAAACAACACAAGGAGAAAAGACCACUUUGAAAACAACCAACAUUGAAGGAUCCACGUAUUCCACAGCAGAGACUACAAGUGUAGAGGUCACAUCCCAGAACCCUGAUUCUCCUAGAACCACAAGAGAUUCAUCAUCAACUGCAAUAGAAACAACACCUGAAAUUUCUACGGCCCAAACAGAUAAAACAACAAUAUCUGCUACAGCAACAUCUGAAAUUACUGAGACAACAGGGGCCGAAAGUACUACUUUAAAAAUGGCAAGUACAGAGGAUACAACCAUAUCUGAAAUUCAAACAACACAAGAAGAAAAGACCACUUUGAAAACAACCAACAUUGAAGGAUCCACGUAUUCUACAGCAGAGACUACAGGUGUAGAGAUAACAUCCCAGAACCCUGAUUCUCCAAGAACCACAAGAGAUUCAUCAUCCAUUGCAAUAGAAACAACACCUGAACUUUCCACGGCCCAAACAGAUAAAACAACAAUAUCUGCUACAGCAACAUCUGAAAUUACUGAGACAACAGGGGCCGAAAGUACUACUUUAAAAAUGACAAGUACAGAGGAUACAACCAUAUCUGAAAUUCAAACAACACAAGGAGAAAAGACCACUUUGAAAACAACCAACAUUGAAGGAUCCACGUAUUCUACAGCAGAGACCACUGGUGUAGAGAUAACAUCCCAGAACCCUGAUUCUUCUAGAACCACAAGAGAUUCAUCAACUACAUUAGAAACAACACCUGAACUUUCCACGGUCCAAACAGAUAAAAUAUCUGCUACAGCAACAUCUGAUAUUACUGAGACAACAAAGGCAGAAAGUACUACUUUAAAAAUUACAAAUACACAGGAUCCUACAAUAUCUGGAACUAAAACAACACAAGAAGAAAAGACCACUUUGGAAACAACCAAUAAUGAUGGAUCAACGUAUACCACAGCAGACACUACAGGUGUAGGGGUCACAUCAAAGAACCCUGAUUCUUCUAGAACCACAAUAGAUUCAUUAUCAACUGCAAUAGAAUUAACACCUGAACUUCCCACGGCCCAAACAGAUGAAACAACAAUAUCUUCUACAAGAGCAUCUGAUGUUACUGAGACAACAGAGGCAGAAAGUACUACUUUAGAAAUGACAAAUACAGAGGAUACAACCAUAUCUGAAAUUCAAACAACACAAGAAAAACAGACCACUUUACAAACAACCAACAUUGAAGGAUCCACGUAUACCACAGCAGAGACUACAAGUAUAGAGGUCACAUCCCAGAACCCUGAUUCUUUUAGAACCACAAGAGAAUCAUCAUCAACUGCAAUAAAAACAACACCAGAACGGUCUACGCCCCAAACAGAUGAAAUAACAAUAUCUGCUACAAUAGCAUCUGAUGUUACUGAGACAAUAGAGGCAGAAAGUACUACUUUGGAAAUGACAAGUACAGAGGAUACAACCAUAUCUGAAAUUCAAACAACACAAGGGGAAAAGACCACUUUGAAAACAACCAACAUUGAAGGAUCCACGUAUUCCACAGCAGAGAUUACAGGUAUAGAGGUCACAUCCCAGAACCCUGAUUCUCCUAGAACCACAAGAGAUUCAUCAUCAACUGCAAUAGAAACAACACCUGAAAUUUCCUCGGCCCAAGCCGAUAAAACAACAAUAUCUGCUACAGCAACAUCUGAUAUUACUGAGACAACAGGGGCAGAAAGUACUACUUUUAAAAUGGCAAGUACAGAGGAUACAACCAUAUCUGAAAUUCAAACAACACAAGGAGAAAAGACCACUUUGAAAACAACCAACAUUGAAGGAUCCACAUAUUCCACAGCAGAGACUACAAGUGUAGAGGUCACAUCCCAGAACCCUGAUUCUCCUAGAACCACAAGAGAUUCAUCAUCAACUGCAAUAGAAACAACACCUGAAAUUUCCUCGGCCCAAACAGAUAAAACAACAAUAUCUGCUACAGCAACAUCUGAUAUUACUCAGACAACAGGGGCAGAAAGUACUACUUUAAAAAUGACAAGUACAGAGGAUACAACCAUAUCUGAAAUUCAAACAACACAAGAAGAAAAGACAACUUUGCAAACAACUAACAUUGGAGGAUCCACAUAUCCCACAGCAAUGACUACAGGUGUAGAGGUCACAACACAGAACCCUGAUUCUCCUAGAACCACAAAAGUUUUAUCAACUCCAGAAGAAACAACAUCUGAACUUUCCACGGCCCAAACAGAUAAAACAACAAUAUCUGCUACAACAACAUCUGAUAUUACUGAGACAACAGGGGCAGAAAGUACUACUUUAAAAAUGACAAGUACAGAGGAUACAACCAUAUCUGAAAUUCAAACAACACAAGGGGAAAAGACCACUUUGAAAACAACCAACAUUGAAGGAUCCACGUAUUCCACAGCAGAGACUACAAGUGUAGAGGUCACAUCCCAGAACCCUGAUUCUCCUAGAACCACAAAAGAUUCAUCAUCAACUGCAAUAGAAACAACAUCUGAAAUUUCCUCGGCCCAAACAGAUAAAACAACAAUAUCUGCUACAGCAACAUCUGAUAUUACUGAGACAACAGGGGCAGAAAGUACUACUUUAAAAAUGGCAAGUACAGAGGAUACAACCAUAUCUGAAAUUCAAACAACACAAGGGGAAAAGACCACUUUGAAAACAACCAACAUUGAAGGAUCCACGUAUUCUACAGCAGAGACCACAGGUGUAGAGAUAACAUCCCAGAACCCUGAUUCUCCUAGAACCACAAGAGAUUCAUCAUCAACUACAAUAGAAACAACACCUGAACUUUCCACGGCCCAAACAGAUAAUAUAUCUGCUACAGCAACAUCUGAUAUUACUGAGACAACAAAGGUAGAAAGUACUACUUUAAAAAUUACAAAUACACAGGAUACUACAAUAUCUGGGAUUAAAACAACACAAGAAGAAAAGACCACUUUGGAAACAACUAUCAUUGAAAGAUCCACGUAUCCCACAGCAGAGACUACAAGUGUAGAGGUCACAUCCCAGAACCCUGAUUAUCCUAGAACCACAGGAGAUUCAUCAUCAACUGCAACAGAAACAACACCUGAACUUUCCACGGCCCACACAGAUAAAACAACAAUAUCUGCUACAACAACAUCUGAUAUUACUCAGACAACAGGGGCCGAAAGUACUACUUUAAAAAUGACAAGUACAGAGGAUACAACCAUAUCUGAAAUUCAAACAACACAAGGAGAAAAGACCACUUUGAAAACAACCAACAUUGAAGGAUCCACGUAUUCUACAGCAGAGACUACAGGUGUAGAGAUAACAUCCCAGAACCCUGAUUCUCCAAGAACCACAAGAGAUUCAUCAUCCAUUGCAAUAGAAACAACACCUGAACUUUCCACGGCCCAAACAGAUAAAAUAAUAUCUGCUACAGCAACAUCUGAUAUUACUGAGACAACAAAGGCAGAAAGUACUACUUUAAAAAUUACAAAUACACAGGAUCCUACAAUAUCUGGAACUAAAACAACACAAGAAGAAAAGACCACUUUGGAAACAACUAUCAUUGAAAGAUCCACGUAUUCCACAGCAGAGAUUACAGGUGUAGAGGUCACAUCCCAGAACCCUGAUUCUCCUAGAACCACAAAAGUUUUAUCAACUCCAGAAGAAACAACAUCUGAACUUUCCACGGCCCAAACAGAUAAAACAACAAUAUCUGCUACAACAACAUCUGAUAUUACUGAGACAACAGGGGCAGAAAGUACUACUUUAGAAAUGACAAGUACAGAGGAUACAACCAUAUCUGAAAUUCAAACAACACAAGAAGAAAAGACCACUUUGAAAACAACCAACAUUGAAGGAUCCACAUAUUCCACAUCAGAGACUACAAGUGUAGAGGUCACAUCCCAGAACCCUGAUUCUCCUAGAACCACAAGAGAUUCAUCAUCAACUGCAAUAGAAACAACACCUGAAAUUUCCACGGCUCAAACAGAAAAAAUAACAAUAUCUGCUAUAGCAACAUCUGACAUUACUGAGACAACAGGGGCAGAAAGAACUACGUUAAAAAUGACAAGUACAGAGGAUACAACCAUAUCUGAAAUUCAAACAACACAAGGAGAAAAGACCACUUUGAAAACAACCAACAUUGAAGGAUCCACGUAUUCUACAGCAGAAACUACAGGUGUAGAGAUAACAUCCCAGAACCCUGAUUCUCCUAGAACCACAAGAGAUUCAUCAUCCAUUGCAAUAGAAACAACACCUAAACUUUCCACGGACCAAACAGAUAAAAUAAUAUCUGCUACAGCAACAUCUGAUAUUACUGAGACAACAAAGGUAGCAAGUACUACUUUAAAAAUUACAAAUACACAGGAUACUACAAUAUCUGGAAUUAAAACAACACAAGAAGAAAAGACGACUUUGGAAACAACUAUCAUUGAAAGAUCCACGUACUCCACAGCAGAGAUUACAGGUGUAGAGGUCACAUCCCAGAACUCUGAUUCUCCUAGAACCACAAAAGUUUUAUCAACUCCAGAAGAAACAACAUCUGAACUUUCCACGGCCCAAACAGAUAAAACAACAAUAUCUGCUACAGCAACAUCUGAUAUUACUAAGACAACAGGGGCAGAAAGCACUACUUUAAAAAUGACAAGUGCAGAGGAUACAACCAUAUCUGAAAUUCAAACAACACAAGGGGAAAAGACCACUUUGAAAACAACCAACAUUGAAGGAUCCACGUAUUCCACAGAAGAGAUUACAGGUGUAGAGGUCACAACACAGAACCCUGAUUCUCCUAGAACCACAAGAGAUUCAUCAUCCAUUGCAAUAGAAACAACACCUGAACUUUCCACGGCCCAAACAGAUAAAAUAAUAUCUGCUACAGCAACAUCUGAUAUUACUGAGACAACAAAGGUAGAAAGUACUACUUUAAAAAUUACAAAUACACAGGAUCCUACAAUAUCUGGAACUAAAACAACACAAGAAGAAAAGACCACUUUGGAAACAACUAUCAUUGAAAGAUCCACGUAUUCCACAGCAGAGAUUACAGGUGUAGAGGUCACAUCCCAGAACCCUGAUUCUCCUAGAACCACAAAAGUUUUAUCAACUCCAGAAGAAACAACAUCUGAACUUUCCACAGCCCAAACAGAUAAAACAACAAUAUCUGCUACAGCAACAUCUGAUAUUACUCAGACAACAGGGGCAGAAAGUACUACUUUAAAAAUGACAAAUACAGAGGAUACAACCAUAUCUGAAAUUCAAACAACACAAGAAGAAAAGACCACUUUGGAAACAACCAACAUUGAAGGAUCCACGUAUUCUACAGCAGAGACUACAGGUGUAGAGAUAACAUCCCAGAACCCUGAUUCUCCUAGAACCACAAGAGAUUCAUCAUCCACUGCAAUAGAAACAACACCUGAACUUUCCACAGCCCAAACAGAUAAAAUAAUAUCUGCUACAGCUACAUCUGAUAUUACUAAGACAACAGGGGCAGAAAGUACUACUUUAAAAAUGACAAGUACAGAGGAUACAACCAUAUCUGAAAUUCAAACAACACAAGGAGAAAAGACCACUUUGAAAACAACCAACAUUGAAGGAUCCACGUAUUCCACAGCAGAGACUACAGGUGGAGAAGUCACAUCCCAGAACCCUGAUUCCCCUAGAACUACAAGAGAUUCAUCAUCAACAACAACAACAGAAACAACACCUGAACUUUCCACGGCCCAAACAGAUAAAACAACAAUAUCUGCUACAACAACUUCUGAUAUUACUAAGACAACAGGGGCUAAAAGUACUACUUUAAAAAUGACAAGUACAGAGGAUACAACCAUAUCUGAAACUGAAACAACAUCAGCAGGCCAGACCACUUUACAAGCAACUAUCAGUGAUGGAUCCACAUAUCCAACAGCAGAGACUACUGGUGUAGAGUUCACAUCCCAGAACCCUGAUACAGAGAAAACCACAAGAGAUUUAUCAUCAACUACAAUAGAAUCAACAAGUACACUUCCCACAACCCAAACAGUGAAAACAACAGCAACUCCUACAGCAACAUCUGUUAUUUCUAUGAAAACAGAAGCUACUACACAAGAACAGUCCACUUUGCAAACAACAAAAACUGAAGGAUCCACAUAUCCAACAGCAGAGACUACAGGUGUAGAGGUCACAUCACAGAACCCUGAUACAGAAAUAACCACAAGAGAUUUAUCAUCAACUUUAAUAGAGUCAACAACUAAAGUUUCCACAGCUCAAACAGUUGAAAAAACAGCAACUGCUACAGCACCAUCUGAUAUUACUGAGAUAACGGAGGCACAAAGUACUACUUUAAAAAUGACAAAUACAGAGGAUACAACCACAUCUGGUAUGUUUAAAACAACAGGUACCGAACAAAGAACUUUACUAACAUCUAAUUUUGAAGGCUCAACAACUUUGGCAGCAGAGGCUACAGGAUUAUUAGAAACCUCGCUAGGGACUGAAGUUGAAAAGUCCACAGUAAAAGAUAUUUCUAUAGCAACUGAACAUUCCACUGGUCAAGGGGAAGAAACUACAAAAUCAGCUAUAAUUACAUCUGGAAUUUAUGAAACGACAAGAGCAGAAAAUACUACAUUGCAAUUAACAAGUACUGCAGGAUUUACAUUCAAGACUGCUGACACAACUGAUGAAACAAAAACUACAGGCAUAAGUACCACAAUGAACACAUCAUAUGCAGAAAGUUCGACAACCACCACAUCCCCAGUGAGCUCAACUUUAAUGACAAUGUCCCCUGACAUUCAAACAACAGAAUUUGGAGCCUCUUCUACAAUAAAGGCUACAACAAGUGAACACCCCACAGUGGAAAUCCCUCUUACAUCAAUUGUGAGUCCUGUAACUUCAGAAGUAAGGACCACAGAGAAAACAUCUUCUGUAGAACAAUCUACAGCUGCAAUCAUAGACACCACUAGAAUAAUCGGAGCAUCUUCCACAGCAUUGGAUAUCUUUCCUACAUCAAAUUUAAGGACAACUGAACAUUCAACAGUUAAUGUUCCUCAAACUUUAACAGAUGAACCAAUAAGAUACACUGACACAACAUCACAUCAGCAAGAAAUAACACACACAGCUAAAGUAGAAGUUUCCACAUUUUCACCUUCAGGAACCCCACAUGCAGCAGCUACAUCUCCCAAAGAUGUGACACAACGAACAACAACAUUACCUUUAUCUAUCACACCACAAUUGACUGCAUCUGAAGAUCCCACAUCCCAACCUCUAAAGACGACUGGUGGCCUUGUGACUACAACCAUCACCACAGCUUCUAAUCCUGAAACUAUAGGUUUAGAAACCACAAUGAGAACAUCAGCUGUAGAAUAUUCCACAACCACGGCCCCAGAGAUCAGAAGUUCAAUGACAUCUUCUUUAGUUAGUAAUAUACAAACAACAUCUGGUGCCUCUUCUACCACAGCUAAACAAUCAACAGAAGACAUUUCUGAUAAAACUGUGAAUGUUCAAUCUACAGCAUUAAUGACCACAAAGAGAACCUCUUCUACAUAUGGAACAUCAAAUCGAAUCACAGUGUCCACAAGCAUAAAUGGAACUUCAAUUACUAAGAAUCAAACACCAGGAUUGGAGACCUUGCCUACAUCAAUAGCAAUGACUGCUGAAAAAUCCACAGUUGAAGAUCCACAAAUUACAACAGGUGGGCCUGUAAAUUACACUGACACAACACCAUAUCAACUAGAAAUAACAGAAGCCAUGAGCUCUACACACACAACCAUAGUGGAAGGGUCCACAAUUCCAACUUCAGGAACCCCAGAUAAAAUACCAACAUCCACUAAGGAUGUAACACAAAGAACAUCAGUAACAUUAAAUAUGUCUACCAUACCAAAAUUUACAGCAACUGACCAAUCCACAUCCCAGGCUCUAAAUACAACUGAUGGCCUUAUGUCUACAACUGUCACCACAGCUACUAAUUAUGAAACUACAGGCAUAAGGUCAAAGACUACAACAGCUGAACAACCCACAGUAGAAAUUCCUCAUACAACUGUCAAUCUUCAAUCUACAGGAGUAAGAACCACAAGCAAAACAUCUUCCGUAGAUGGAUCCACAACAGCAAUCACAGAGACCUUACACAUAACUGGAACUUCUUCUAUUACUAAGAUUCAGACAACAGCAUUGGAGAUUUUACCUACAUCAAAAGCAAUGACAGAACAAUCCACAGUGCAAAGUCCUCAAACUACAACAGGCAUGCCAAUAAGUUACACUGAAACUACACCGCAUCAACAGCAAACAGCAGGAGAAAGUACAGUACACACAACAAAAGUAGAAGGAUCAACAAUUUCAAAAUCAGCAACCACAGAAGUAAAAGCAACAUCUCCCAAUAAUGUGACACAAGCAUCAACAACAACAUUAGAUGUAUCUACCACACCAAAACUGACAGUAUCUGAGGAUUCCACAUCCCAAGCUCUAAAUACAACUGGAGGACUUAUGACUACAACUGUCAGCACAACUCUUAAUCCUGAAACUACAGGUAUAAAAACCACAAUGAAAACAUCAGGUAUAGAAAUUUCCGCAACCACAGCCCAGAAGAUCACAAGUUCAAUGAAAACUUCUUCUGUUAGUAACAUGAAAACAACAUUUGGUGCUUCUUCUGCAACAGAGGCUACAACAGCUCAACAAUCAACAGCUGACAUUCCUCAUACAACAACUGUGAGUCCUAUAACUGCAGAAGUAACAUCAACAUUAGAUGUAUCUACCACAUCAAAACUGACAGUAUCUGAGGAUUCCACAUCUCAAGCUCUAGAUACAACUGGAGGACUUAUGACUACAACUGUCAGCACAACUCUUAAUCCUGAAACUACAGGUUUGAAAACCACAAUGAAAACAUCAGGUGUAGAUCGUUCCACAGCUCCAGAAACCACAAGUUCAAUGAAAACUUCUUCUGUUAGUAACAUGCAAACAACAUUUGGUGCCUCUUCUACAACAAAAGCUACAACAGCUCAAAAAUCAACAGCUGACAUCCCUCGUACAACUGUGAGUCCUAUAACUGCAGAAGUAAGGACCACACAGAAAACAUCUUCUGUGGAAGGGUCUACAUCUGCAAUCACACAAACCACAAGCAUAACUGAAAGUUCUAUCACUAAGACUCAAACAACAGCAUUGGAUACCUUGCCUACAUCAAAAGUAAUAACAUCAGAUAUAUCUACCAAAGCAAACCUGACUACAUCUGAACAAUCCACACCUCAAGCUCUAAAGACAACUGGUGUCCUUGUCACUACAUCUGUCACCACAGAUCUUUUUCCUGAAACUACAAGUGCAAAAUCAACAAUGAAAACAUCAGCUGUAGAAAAUGUUACAACCACAGCCCCAGAGAUUAGAAGUUCAGUGACAACUUCUUCAGUCACUAAGACUGAACUAACAGCACUUCCUCCCUCUUCUACUUCAAAUGUCCCAACAGCUCUGCAAUCCACAGUUGAAUUACGUCAAACAACAAUUGAGAAUCCUAAAACUCCAGAAUUAACAACCACAAAAAUAACUUCUUCUGUAGAAGGAUCCACCGCUGGAUCAAUUGGAACAUCGUCUAUUAGUAAGACUCAAACAACACCAUCCACACCUGAAGCUCUAAAUACAACAACUGAUGGCCUAAUGACUUCACCUGCAACCACAGCUCUUAAUACUGAAACUACAGGAAUAUGGUCCACAAGUUCAGUGACUUCUUCUUUUACCAGCAUUCAACCAACAGCACUUCCUACAUCUUUUCCUUCAAAUUCUACAACAGGUAAGCAAUCUAUAUUUUAA